AUGGAGAUUUGUCAGAAUGCUGCCUUGGAAGGAGACCCCCCAGCCCUGGGUGGGCAGAGAGAAAACCUUGUGGGCACCAAUGGUAGCGGAGGGUGCCUGGGCCAGCUGCGCCCCAGUCUCUCCCUCUGCCUGUCGGCGUUCACACCGCGCCUCCUUGUUGACGAAUCCGCCAAUUGUCCUGGGGCCCCGGGUGUGCCCCCACCCCCCACACCGGCCCUUGGCUCUCCUGUCUGCCGGCCCUGCCCUCCUCCCUCCACCUCCCCGGCCCUCGGCUCCUCCCCGCCCCCUUUGCCCGCCCGGGGACUGCAGACUGCGCCCAGCCGCCGCGGGGAACGGCAGUCCUGGAGGCAGCUCCAGCGGCCCGGCUCGUCGCUGAGGUCUGCUAGCGGUUGCGGCCACCCCUCGGGGCGCUCCGGCUCCCCGCAGCCAGGAAGCCCCCGCCUCUCCGGAAUACCCCCCCUCCAGCCCAGACCACCCCCCCGCCCGCGGCUCCUGGAAGAUGCCCCAGCGGGCACGCACUCCAACAGGAGGGAGCAGCAGCGGACGAGCCAAAAAGCAACAGAGCGGCUGGUCCUCAAUAGGCUUAGGCCCUACGCAGUGAUGACAGGGAAGCGGCCACCUGGGCCUCUGGACCCGGUGAUAUACAACAAGUUGGCCCUCCUCGAGGCAGAUGCUGGGCACAGGCCACCUGCUGGGAUCUGCAAAUCAGGACCCCUGCCUGGCCCAGGCAGUGAAGGCCACCUGGGCUAUAAGGGAACAUAUUUCACCUAUCCAGUGGGGAGCCCUGAAGUGGGCCACGAAAGCUUUGCUGGAUGGAAUCCCCAUAUGUCCUAUGGGGGUGUCAUGGCUGGGCAGUCCCUGAGGGCAGACAGCAUGCUCAUGAACUGUCUGUUGUACCAGCGGGAAGCAGAGAGCAUUCAGCCCAUGGAGAAGGGCCGGGACCACGCAAUGAGGAAUCUUCUCCUGGCCCAGGAGAAGUGGGCAGGACAUCUAGACCACCGAGACCCACUACUGCAGACCACCCGGGGUUCUCCAUACCUGGGCAUGAAGGGGCCAGGGCCACCGGGUUGUGCCCCACUGGCAGCACCUAAGCCUAUAUAUCGGAACCCAAUGUGUUAUAUGGAUCCAGGCUAUGGGCCACCAUCAUGUUUGGCACUGGGGACCCCAGGGACCGAGAGUGGGACCAAGCGGCCACUGGACAUGGACUGGACAGUAGCUGCACCUUUAUUGCCUCAGGGCAACCCCCACUGCUCAUUGGCCUCAGCACCCACCAAGAGUCAGCACCUAGAGGCUACCUUCCUUCCUUUGCCUCAAACUGGGACACCAGGCAAGGAAUCAGUGGCCAACCUUUCUUCCUACCAGGUAGCCUUGGACAAGUACCGUGCCAUCCGGAGUGCCCUCUUCCUAGAUUCCAAAUACCCCCCACCAUAUGGAGGGCACAAGAAAGCAGCUGAGGGGCUCUCAGGCUCCUGGACAAAGCUACCACAGCCCCCAGUACCCACCUACCAGGAGCGGGCACCUUCCCACUACCCACUAGCACUGCAUGAGCAGCCUCUGCUGUACCCACCAGGAUAUCCACCCCCAGAGAAACCUAAUAGCUCUGUGCUUUCCCUGCAAUCUCCCAGCCCCUACAAAGGUUUCAACUAUAGGGGAAGUGGGCUACCAGGGACCUACCCCCAGCAGCAGACAGCCCGUGGGCCCUGUAUCCCCUCCUCCAAGCUGGAAGGCUGUGCCUAUCCCACAGGCUCCAUUCAGGUGAGCUCACCUGGCCUAAAGGCUGGGACAGCUACCUCCCAUGAACCUGAGCCGCCACCUACCCCCAAGUGCCAGCUAGACUUCAUCUCUCAGACACCAGGUUAUGCCUUUGCUCCUCGGGAUAACUUGUCCCUUUAUGGUCCAACUCUGGGGGCUGGAGGGAUGUCACCUGCCCAAGAUGCUCCCCAGGGCAAGCUAGGAGCUAAUCAACACAGUGCAUUCCAACUUGUAUGUCAGCCCACAGGAAGUGGAGGGCUGAACCUGAACACUGGUUCCCAAAGGGAGGCCUCUUGUCCUGUCUCCCGCCCUGGGAAAGCUGAGAAGCCCAGGCAAGAAUCUGAGGACAAGAAGUGGUUGUAUAGCUUUGGUAAGGAAGAAGCCAGAUCCAGGCCUGGCUUGGAAGAAUCUCCCACUACACCUAUUGUCAUUCCAGACAGCCCUGCCCCAAGAACUCCACCUGGCACCGGUCCCCGGAAUCCACUACCUUCCCCCAGGGAGCAUCCGCAAGGCCUCAGGCAGACCGAGGGCACUGCACCUCCCUGCUCCCCACCCAUGCCCAUCAUCAACAAUGUCUUCAGCUUGGCGCCCUACAGGGACUAUCUGGACAAUCGAUGUGAGAAGGUGCCUGACCUCCCCCUGCCCAAGGCCCAGUCCCUCAGUACCACAUGCUCCCUGAUGCCUUGCCCAGCUGCAGAUUCUGAGGCAUUCAGCGAGCUGCCCAAGGAAGCAGAAAGCAAGAAUAGGCAUGGCCAGGAGAGGGAAGUACUGCUCCUUCCUCCAUGUGGGGAGCCCCAAGUGGAGCCUGGGCCUGAUGCUAGCAGCCAAUGCCCACCCAAGGAGGAAGUGGCACUGGAUUUGAGCCUCAAGAAACAAUUGGCUGAGCUCUCCAAGGCAGCUCUAAGCCAGGGGUUGCCCACUGAGCCUGUGGCAGAAACUAAGCAGGUUAUCCAGGAGGAGCAGCCCAGGCUGCCUGCCCCACCUCCCCUGGUACCUGCCAUGGUGGAAACCAUCCCAAGGACUAGCUUCCACAGUUCUGUGGCCUUCAUGUUCCGAAAGUUCAAGAUCCUCCGGCCAGCACCCCCACCCACCAUUGCUCCUGCCCCUGCCCCUGCCCCUGCCUCUGCCUCUGCCCCUGCCCCUGCCCCUGCCCCUACCCCUACCCCUACCCCUGCCCCUGCUCCUGUCCUUGUCCCUACCUCUGCCCCUCCGCCUGUCCUUGUCCCUGCUCCUGUCCCUGCCUCUGCCCCUGCCCCUGCCCCUGCCCCUGCUCCUGUCCUUGUCCCUACCUCUGCCCCUGCUCCUGUCCUUGUCCCUGCUACUGCUCCUGCUCCUGUCCCUGUCCAGUCUGCCAGCCUCAAGUUCAUCACCCAGCCCUUGCAAGUAACCUGCUUCAACGUGGCUCUUCCGGAGCCUGUGGCUGUUCCAGAGCCUACACCUCCUGCGCCUCCUGUUGCAUCUGAGCCACACCCCCCUGCAGGCAAGGCCAGCAAGGGCCUGGAGGCUGCUCCCACCCAAGUGGGCAGCACAGAGCAACAUUUCACAGGCCUCCACAUGUCUCUGUGUGAUGCCAUCUCUGGCUACGUGGCACACACCUCACCAGAAAGGCUCCGGGAGUGGCUGGACGAAGCUGAAGACAGCCCAUCUAUCCCACUGCCGCCAUCAUCCUCCCCAGCCAAGGGCCAGAGCAGGGCCCGAGUGGCUGAGGGGCGGGCUAGGGACACAUGGUUGAGCUGUGUGGGUGGGAAGGGGCUCUUGGCAGAGCUGCUGGCCCAGCUGGAGACAUUCCUCUUCACCCACAAAUGUCCCUUCCCCCACGUGGUGCGUGCUGGAGCUAUCUUUGUGCCCAUCUACCUGGUCAAGGAAAAGUUGUUCCCCCGGUUACCGGGGUCCUCCGUGGACCACGUACUACAGGAGCACCGCGUUGAGCUACGCCCCACCACACUGUCAGAGGAGCGGGCACUACGUGACUGUGCUCUCGACGGCUGCACCUCCCGCAUGCUUAAGCUCCUGGCCCUCCGGCAGCUCCCAGACAUCUACCCAGACCUGCUGGGCCUGCAGUGGCGGGACUGUAUCCGAAGACAGCUCGGAGAACAUAACAGACAGAGUCCCCAGGCUAAGGCAGAAGCUACUCCCUCAGAAGGCUCCAGGUUCCGAGAAGAAGUCAGCUCAGUCUCAGCCAACUUAGAGCCCCGGGGCUCCAAGGCCAAAAAGAAGAAGAGGGGCACCCCUGGGCCAUGCUCUGAGGAGUCUGGACAGCCAGGGGCCACCCCUGAGAUGGAGCCUGCCCCAGAUGGAGCCUCAGCAGCCAAGCCCAGGGCAGAGGCAGAAGGCCAGGCCCCGCUUGCACCGCCUGGCUCCCUGCUCCGUGCCCGCUUCCAUCGCCUGCUCCAGGCUGCCUGGCAAGAUGGCCUACCACUGCCCACAGGCAGGCGAAGAGGCCUGGCGCAGACCCAGCCCCCAGCCUGCCCAGAGCUGGUAGGGUAGUGGAGCCUAGCACCAAGUUGAGGAGCCAUGUCAGGGCAGGAGUUCCCUUCCAAGGCUGAGUUGAAGGUUUUAUGUUUUAAGACUAUGCUUGCUGUGGCUCAGCUAAGACAUGAGCCUUAGGUCCAGUGUCCCCUGGAUUCCAGAAGGAUGAGCAGGAGGGCCGGCUCUGGCUCCAAGGAUCACCUAGGGCCUGGCUACAUGCCCUGCUGACCUUCCAAGGCUGAGCACCAGAGCGCCAAGGAUUCCCUGCCCUUACCUCCCUGUUCCAGUCUGCGCUUGCCUCUCUCCCACCCCUCUUCCAAUAUUCCUCUCCAGAGCAAGGACUUGAGUGAGAACUGGAGACUCCAUUCUCCUUGCUUUCUGUCCCUCAGGACUUGAACCUUAGGCUGGUCCUCUUUUCUUGUUUCCCUUUCCUCUACACCCUUCUCUUUGGCUUGCUACCUCCUCUCACUAGCCCCAGGCCAAGUCUUUCCUCCAGAUAUCCCCAUUCUUGCUCCUCCUUGGCCCUGGGGUGGAGACAAGAGACCCAGGUACAAACCCCUCUGCUGCUUCUGCCCCAGGCUCGCCCAACUUCAGGUAGCAGGUGGUGAGGGGGGAGCUUCCAGGGAGCCUCCUAAAGCACAAAAUUCCCCAGGGAAGUCAUGACCUCCUUCCCCUCCCCACCCCCUACUUGUACAGAUUCUGCCCUGGAAUAUCUUGUUAGUCUGGUGAAAAACAUUGCCAGAUAUUUGGGCAUAAAUGUUUGCCUUGAUGAUCUUAUUUGGUCAGAUUCUGAUUCUGGCCAUUAAGUCAUGGGUCUGGGUAGGAGUCAGCUUAUUCACCCAUUAAAGGAAGGGACACAACAGAAACCGAGGCCUACCCCAACACUAAGGAGAGCUGACUGCCUUAGGUGGGCAUCUUGGCCCCUCAACCAGACCCUGGCCGAGAACAACUUCACCCAGGAUGGCCAAUCAGCUUCCCCAGUCCUGGUCUCAAUUCAGUUGCAUUUAUUUUGGGGAAUACAAAGGCAACAUUAAGCACCCCCUGCACUUAAAAAGCUGUGGGGACAUCUUGGACAAGUGUGCCACACCCAUUGGGGUAUCUCAUACUGGCCCCUGGUCUGCCUCUGGCACUGCUCGAGGGAGGGGAGGAGAACCUGAGACAUUUCUAAACUCUUGAGAAAUGCAAUCUCCUUUGAGCAUUUGGCCCAGGGGAGGCCAUACUCCCCAUCUGCUGUGUCCAAGACACAUUCCUGCCUCCAGGGGGAGGGCUGGGCUGUAGCUCUGUCCAGUUCUGUCCAUCCACGGCAGUCCGUCAACAUCCCCUUUUAGUACCCUGGCCACAGGAGGAACAAGGAGUGGGAUGGGCACAGAGCCCUCACCAUCCCUGCCUCUCUGGAAGUCAGCCCUUAAGAAUCAGCACACAUUUAAAGAGACAGAAAAACCACCCCCACCUCAUCGACCCCACAGGCGGCCUGGCCUGGCUCUCUGCCCCAGAGAAGUGACGCUUCCCCUCCCUGCAGCCCAUGGCCACAGAUGAGGCCUCUUUCCUUGUGUGUGUACAGUUUGUACAGCUCUUGGCCCAAGUCAGUCCCUUCACUAUUUAAUGUUUUGUAAGGAGGCGGCCAGCCCCGGUGGCAACACGCCAAUAAAAGUUAUUGGAUUGUUUUA